UCAGAAGAGGUAGGUAAGGUAGGCCAACCGGUUUAUCUUUGCCUACUUUACUGUCAGGGGGCGCUGUUUCCCCGCCCUCCAUUGGCUGCAAAGGCAGACUUCAGAGUAGGUUCUUUCUGCCCGCGCCUUGGUGGUGGACCUUCGGCAUUUGCAAAAAUGUCUGAGCCCACUGUUGCUGACACUCGCCGCUUAAACACCAAACCCCAAGACCUGACGGACGCUUAUGGGCCACCAAGCAACUUCCUAGAAAUCGAUGUCUAUGACCCGCAGACGGUUGGAGUAGGUCGGAACCGCUUCACCACUUAUGAAGUGCGGAUGCGGACAAACCUACCUAUCUUCAAGACGAAGGACUCCGUUGUGCGAAGACGAUACAGUGACUUUGAGUGGUUGAAGAACGAGCUUGAGAGAGACAGCAAGAUUGUAGUGCCCCCUCUACCUGGCAAAGCUCUGAAGCGCCAGCUGCCCUUCCGUGGGGAUGAAGGUAUCUUUGAAGAGGCCUUCAUAGAGGAGCGGCGUGCUGGCUUGGAGCAGUUCAUCAACAGAAUCGCCGGACACCCGUUGGCCCAGAACGAGCGCUGUCUCCACAUGUUCCUCCAGGACGAGGGCAUCGACCGCAACUACGUUCCUGGAAAAGUGUGAAUAAAGUAAGUUUCUUUACGUUUUCCAUUCUGAUUAACCAAACUGUUGCUCAUAUCACUCAGGCCUUUGCAUGGAUCAUUCUUGAAAUUCAUCAACUUCUGUCAAAAAAAGUUAACAAAACCCUUCAUGAAAAUGUCCUAAUCUUCCUCUAUGCUUUGCACUUCAUGUUUCAGUCAUUCCUCCUAUCCAGCAUCUGUUUUUGUCUCCUUUCCAGUCUGGUAAAAGAAUGAAUGCCCUUGACCAUAGACAUGUAUUAAUAUGUUAAAUAUUUAUACACGUCUAUGCUCUUAACUGUUGUUGCUAUGAUGCAUUAGCAUGUUCAGCCUAGCUUAGCCUUCCCCCCCCAUGUUGGCUGCAUAUUAGUACGUUCCAUUUGCUGUCUGGACACCAGAUUCAGACGUAGUUGUGUGCAUGCAAAAGCGGAAAGUAGUACCGUUGCACAUGCCAGAGUCUGAAAUGCUUACUCCAACCAAUCAGACACCUCAGAUGACCCCUGAGUUCACAGAUCAAGUAGUUGUGCAGUUAAGCAUAUCGAGCGAAUGCUGCAAUAUUUUCUAUUUGCGUGCUCUGUUCUGUAAUGUUUGAUUUUUGUCACUCAAGCACAAGUCAAAACUACAUAAUUUCCAGCCAAUGGUAUUCACAAAAUUCAGACUCCUCUAGUAAGUGUCAGUUCAGCUUUCACAAAUGUAAUAGCCUACAUCCAACCCAAAUUUUGUUGUAUUAUUUUAGCAGACAUGGGGUCAAUCUGAACUCCUGAAUUUCAGUAUCUGAGACAAAUGGAACGCAGUACUGUGCAUGGAGGCUAGGCUGGGCAGUCUCAAACCCGGCUCGGCUGCCUUCUAGAAACAUCUAUCAGGGUUCAUCUUUUUUCCCUUGUGAUAAUGUAGCAAUGCUCUUGAUACCUCAGCUGUAUCCAUCCUUUAACCAUCUUUAUCCUGUCUUGAUCUCCUUCAUCUUUCCCAUUCAUUUCGUUCAUUCGUUGGUUCUGCAAACCCCCCUUUGGUACUGCAUUUCAUUUAUUUGUUGGUACUGCAACCCCUCCACCCCCCUUGUGAUUUGUUCAACAAAUUAUUGCACAUGCUUUAUAAUUAUCAUGUAGCCUAUAGAUAAAUAAUUUGAUGAACUAUGUAUAAGUGUUUCAAAUAUUACGAUAUCUGCUGUACCAUUAAGGUGCUAGCAUGACUAGCGAAAUUGUCUGGCAUAAUGUUAUGCUAGUGUUAACAUGUUUUGCUUCAUAACCUCUGGACAUCAUGUCAUAUCAGCUGAUCACAUCUUUCAAGGCUGGUUUCCUGGGGCCUAUACUAACAAGCUGGUUCGGGAGUAAACCAGGUUAAA